AUGGACCUGUGCCACGUCCCUGCCACCCAGGAGAAGGGCUGGUACCUGGCACUGAUGGCUCCCAACGUCAAGGGUCCCAACUACGCCUGGCUGGACCCCUCCCGGCUCUACUGCCAUCCGCAGGGCUUGCAGGACUGUGUAGCUGACCUGCUGCAGCCCUUCCAAGGAGACCCCAUUGACAUGGUGGCCGGUAUCGAUGCCAUGGGCUUCAUCCUGGGCUCUGCCACUGCCACUCUGCUGCAGAAAGGCUUCCUGGCCAUCCGCAAAGCCGGGCACCUCUGUGUGCAGACGGUGGCACAGCCCUACACCGACUACUCGGGCAGACAGAAGGUGAUGGAGGUCCGCACCGAUGCCAUCUCGCCCGGUCUGCGCAUCCUCCUCGUGGACCAGUGGAUUGAAACUGGGGGCACCAUGAGAGCGGCCAUUCAGCUGGUGGAGCGGCUCGGGGGGGUCGUGGCAGGUGUCGCUGCCAUCUGCAUUGAGGACAGCGAGGGUGGACGAUGGAUCCAGGAGCACUACAAGUGCUCCCACUGCGUCCCCCCACACCUGCAGCCCCGCUUCAACCACCAUCAGUUGGGCUGGAACUGA